GGUUGGUAUAUGAGUUUUCAUGUUGGUGUGGAUUAUUUGUCGACCAUGACCAUCGUCUUCCCCGAGUCUCUCAUCUUCUUCAACCUAAUCGACCCUUGGCCUUGUUCUUCUUCCCUCUUAUAAUUAGGGUUUCUUUGCUUUUCUAGUGUUUUUCCUUUUUCUUGUUCUUUUUUGUGGAAUAAAGAUGGGGAGUGGAGACAGAAGCUUUAGGAACUUUCAUUUACACAUACCUCACCUUCAUCAUCAUCAUCAUCAUGGGAAGAAGCAGUUCAGCGAUGUGCCGAAAGGGUGUCUGGCGGUCAACGUCGGAUCGGAAGGCGAGGAGCAGCAGAGAUUCGUGGUGCCGGUCAUGUACUUCAACCAUCCCUUGUUCAUGCAGCUGUUGAAAGAGGCGGAGGAAGAGUACGGGUUCGAUCAGAAGGAACCUUCUUAGAUGUGGUUGGUUGAAGAGGGAUGGAUCCAUGGUGAUAAAAGGACGAUGCCAUGAUGACGACAAUCGUUGCUUACAAAUAAUAUCGGCUAACUUUUAGUUCUUUGUUAGGAAUUCCGUAAAGGAAAAGUAAGAAAGUAAAUGCCUCUUUCCUUUAUUUAUUCUCU